UACAAGCUCGAAUAGAUCGGAUGCUUUUCGGAACGGCAUUGUGCGGGAGACAACUUCCAGUGCUGGGGUGGAGGUUGAGACGAAGGUUGAAGGCCAUGUUAUUGAGGAUCGGGAUUUUCUGAUGACAGGUUCAUCUGGGCUGGAUGCGGUGAUGGAUAUUUUGAGUGGUGCGGAGGCUGAGGAGUUCAUGAAAGCUGUGAAUGAUGGUAUUGUAUCAAUGGAUCAUACUGAGCAGAUUGGUGAUGAUAGUAGAAUGGGGAUUCAGGACGGGAUGCCUGUUGAAUCGGAACGGGAUGAGAUGAAGGUGCAGGGAGCUCAAGGUGAUGUGCAAGCUGUUUUAAUGCAGGAUGACAGAAUGAUGUUCUGUGACAAAGGGAUGUCUGCCUCAUCCGAGGGUGUUGAGGUAAGGAAUAUGGUGAACAAUCCGGUGUUUGAAUCUGAGAAAGGCCUGUUUACGUUUGGAGGUUUUAGUAGUAUGAAAGAUUUUAAAAAGAGAUCGGUGGGAGGUCAGGUUCAUGAGGUUGUCAAACCGAGGACUGAAUCUAGUAAUGGUGGUAAUGUUUCUGAGAUGAAAUUGAAAAACCUGGAUGCUAGGGGUGAUCAGGUUUUUCCAAAUGGAGCUGAGAGUUUGGAAUUUACAAAGCGAACUUCAGGUGUUCGUAGAAAUGUUUCUUCUGAUAAUACAGGGCCAGAACUACA